CAUAACUUGGUGUCCGCAGCUGAUUAGAGUGCUAAACUGUAGGUAGAUCUAGGUACCUUACUCGCGACACUUCGCGGUCCUUCGCGGUCCUUCGUGGUACUUCGCGGUACUUCGCGGUCCCCAUCCUUUUCCUUCAAGAUCCUGAAGGUGAUUUGGCAUAGCGAAGUUGGCAAUUUCCCAUGGGAGCCCAACUCCACGCGGUAGUCCCGUUUUGCCACACAAGGCGCGGAAAUACCGCCACGCCCGCUCUACCUAACACGACAACAGUCCAUGGUGCCUUGACAAGGGACCGAAGUACUUGUGUCCCUAAGUAUCUGUACCUAUCCAGAGAGGCUAGACCAGCCAGUCUUCAGUCUGUGUUGUCAUUGCUCAGUCCAACACAACUCGGUCAGGUAGAAAGCCAGGUGGGCGAUAGGUCGUGUACACACCCCUUGCUAAACGCGUACCUAAACGCAGUGCCACCAAGACUGUAUCGCUUGAGUAUAUUCGGAGAAUUGCUUCGUGGUGCAAACGAGCUGACCUCCAAAGACACAACGUUAGAUAUAAAGGGGAAUCGGUGGUUUGAUGUCUCUCAAGUCGUUGAUCGAAUUACCGACCUACUUAGGCACACCCUAAGGUACUUUACCUAGGUAGGCACGCAAUGUAACUACUGACAGAGUCUCCGUAGGGAACCACUUCAAGUAAGUGGUGUGCGGGGGGUGGAACCUGGUUUCGUCGUCACGCCUGCUGUGUGCAGUGCUGCGCUGUGCCUUGAUUUUGCUUCAUGCUUGUGCUUCGGUCCUUUUCCAUCCUGUCGAGAUGCAGGAACUUUUGAGGCAAAGUACCUAGCUUUGGCCAAGUGUCUAUCGGCUUAGUAGAUAAGCUAUCGGUAGGUUCGAAGACAUUCUG